UCUCUUCAGUCUCUCUUUCUCGGGGAUGCAGUUUGUGUGCUGAGGGUUCGGUCGGACGGUGUGGUUUUCGCUCUCUGUACCGUUGAACACAGAGGAUUUCUUCAUGUGAAAAUCUCAUCCACGGUGGUUAUGAAGUUUCAUUCCUGAGAGAGAAACUUCACCAUGCAAUAAUCUGACUGAUGUUUUCAGUGAUGGUAUACUUGUAAGCAACUCUAAAUGGCUCAGAGGAAGAGGCAAGGGACCAACGGCAGCAUGUCCACAGCAGAGCCUCACGUUUCACCUACACGCUCUUGCCCCCCCCACUACCAAAACCACCCAAGCAACGAGCUCCCUGAGGUGGAAUAUGUAGAGCGCCCGGAUUCUGAGAUUUCCCAACACCACAACCAAGAUGAGUCUGAUUUGGCAGACAGCAGACCGACCACACCCACCACCCCAGACCACGCCCACAGAGACUACCACAGCCAUGCGGACAGCCUGGAUGGAGACUCCAGCUCAGACUACGUCAACAACACCUCUGAUGAAGAGGAAGAUGAUUAUGAUGAAGGACUCCCAGAGGAGGAUGAAGGUGUGACAUAUUACAUCCGAUAUUGCCCCGAGGACGACAGUUACCUGGAAGGCAUGGACUGUAAUGAACCCAAGUAUGCACACGAGGAUGGUCGCAUGGCGCCACCUCCAGACACGGACGAUUGCCAGGAAGCAGUUGAGGAAUGGGUGGAGGGAGACGAGGAUGAACAUGGCGAUGGAGAGGUACGUUGCGAAGUGCUCGAGCAAGACUCUGACCAACAGGUGUACGAUGGCAGACCUGAACCUGUCCUUGACCACCACCAGUGUUACCCAGAUCCCCAGCAGGACCAACUCCCAGCUGAAGACCAGGAAGGACAGGAUGUUGAGGGGAGUGAGGACUACUGCCCUGAACAAGAGGAUGAACCACAGGUGGACACAGACAGAGAAGAUUACUCAAGCGACUACUACGCCACAGAGGACAAUGGGAACUCCAUGCGUGUUUCACCCUACCGGGGGCAUAAGGGCUCGGGGGGAGAGGCGGGAGAUGAGGCAGAGGAGGACAUUGAUCAGAUAGUGGCCGAGAUUAAGAUGAGCAUGAGUAUGGGAAGUCUAAGCAGCAGCACUGAUCAGAGUCCUGACGAACUCACACCUGAUCCAGCACCGAGUGGGUACCAGCCAGAGACACGCUCCAAACCCGAUCCCGCCCCGUACCCUCAGCCGCAUCGUCAUGAUGGCAGACCAAAAUCCCUCAAUAUUCCCCCUGCCAGACAUAACCCUGAACUCCAGAGGAGCUUUAAGGUACGGCCUCACACCCCAGAUGAGAGACAGAGGUGGACACAGGAUCAAGUGAGAGAGCAGGUGUCUUAUAGUGCAGAACAGCCAAGGAAACAACAGAGGUCAGAUCUCAAUGGGCCGCUGGAGAACAACAAUGUCCCUGAGCCAACAAAGAAGACGGCCUCAUUUCCCAGCUUUGUGGAUGUGCCGGGCCCAUGCGAGCCUGAGGACCUCAUUGAUGGGAUUAUCUUUGCUGCCAACUACCUGGGCUCCACACAGCUCCUGUCAGAGAGGAACCCGUCCAAAAACAUCAGGAUGCUGCAAGCUCAGGAGGCUGUGAGCCGGGUCAAGAGGGUACAGAAGGCAGCCAAAAUCAAGAAAAAGGCGAGCCCAGAGGGAGACGCUCAGACUUUGACUGAGGUAGAUCUUUUCAUCUCAACUCAAAGGAUCAAAGUACUGAAUGCAGACACCCAGGAGGCCAUGAUGGAUAAUGCAUUACGCACAAUUUCAUACAUCGCUGACAUCGGAAACAUUGUGGUUCUGAUGGCGAGACGUCGCAUGCCACGCACCGCCUCACAAGACUGCAUCGAAUCCACCCCUGGAGCUCCUGAGGGCAAGAAGCAGUACAAAAUGAUCUGCCAUGUUUUUGAGUCAGAGGAUGCCCAGCUCAUAGCACAGUCCAUUGGUCAGGCUUUCAGUGUGGCCUACCAGGAAUUCCUCAGAGCCAACGGUAUCAACCCUGAGGACCUGAGUCAGAAAGAGUACAGUGACAUCAUCAACACACAAGAGAUGUACAAUGAUGACCUCAUCCACUUUUCGAACUCUGACAACUGCAAAGAGUUGCAGCUCGAGAAACAGAAGGGAGAGAUUCUGGGCAUAGUUAUUGUGGAGUCUGGCUGGGGCUCCAUUCUACCCACUGUCAUCCUGGCCAACAUGAUGAAUGGAGGCCCCGCCGCCCGUUCUGGAAAGCUCAGUAUCGGUGACCAGAUCAUGUCAAUCAACAACACCAGUCUGGUGGGGCUGCCUCUCGCCACCUGUCAGGGAAUCAUCAAGGGCCUGAAAAAUCAAGUGCAGGUGAAGCUAAACAUUGUGAGCUGCCCUCCUGUAACCACAGUUCUCAUUAAAAGACCAGACCUCAAGUACCAGCUUGGGUUCAGUGUGCAGAAUGGCAUUAUCUGCAGUCUAAUGCGAGGGGGGAUCGCAGAGAGAGGAGGGGUGCGGGUUGGUCAUCGCAUCAUUGAAAUAAAUGGACAAAGUGUCGUGGCCACAGCACAUGAGAAGAUCGUCCAAGCCCUCUCUAAUUCAGUGGGCGAGAUCCACAUGAAGACAAUGCCAGCUGCCAUGUUUAGACUCUUAACAGGGCAGGAGACUCCUAUGUAUAUAUGAUGUAAGGUGGUGGACUUCAGCCCUGGGCACAGAGAGCUUAGAGAUGUAUUGGAAUGCAGCAGUCAACAUUUCCUUUCACCCUCACCAAAAAUAAUUCCCAUCACUCUCGCUGUCCGCUAACGUUAUUAUGUUCCGCUAACGGAAAAUGUGGAUUCUUUUGAUUUGUAAUGUCUGCUCUUGGGAAGUGUGUUUCGUCAUAUGAAAGAUUGAGUUGAUGCACAAGUCUUUGGGGGAGGGGGGCUUUGUACAGUACAUGUAAUUUUUGCUACCCCUAUUUAAUUUAUUUGCAAUUAUGAAUGUUUGGAUUUUGUUGGAGAGAUGUUUUGUAAAUAUGUAAUCGUAAUAUCAAUAGAAAGGAAUGGUAAAGCCAGAUUAAGAAGUCCAGAGACUUCAAUAUAAAGUCAUUGGGCCAUUCCAGAAAGUUGUUUCUCACCAAAAAUGAACUGAUUAAGGGGAGCCGUGAAACAUCUUAAAAGCACAUUGGUCAAGUAUACCACAUUCUUACAUUUCAAUGACCGUAGUCCUGGUUUUCAUGGCCUUUAUAUAUUGUAAUAGAUCAGUACACCUAUUACAGUAAAUAAAAUACCAAACAAUUAUGUGGCAUACUACAGUUUUAAAGCAAUGCUAAAUUAGUACAGGUGUAUCAGACACAUCAACGGAGGAAAACCAGCCAGCCUUCAUCAUUGAAUAAACAAAUGUCUUGCAGGCAUUAAAGACUGAACUGAGCAAAUUUUGAGAGUGUUUUUUGUACACAGAUUUCAGCAAAACUUUUGUAAAAUACCACAUGUAAACAAUUGCAGGCCUUCUCCCAUGCUGUAAUCCAACAUUCCCUUGCCAUGCUGUAAAUGAUGAAUUUCCUUUCACACGCAUACCUACAUGUUGUAUGAAACGUAAGAGUUUAUUUUUAACGUGUGCUUUUCUUCGUGCGUAUGCCCAGCUACAACUCAUUUGAGUCUGUGGUGAAUGUAAUGGUGUUGUUAAUAGUGCGUCCACUUCCUUAAACAGUAUUAGAAUGUCUGUACAUAAAUGUUUAACCUUGUUUAGUACUGUGUCCAUGUAGAAUCACUGUUAGUCCUAUUUUAUCUUCGUGAGGCUUUGGCCUUCAGAUCCUGAAGAAGACACUGUGACCAAAAGCCUUACCAGUGCGUAAGAAAGCUUUUGAAAAUGAAUUGUAAUAAAAUAGGAACAUCAAACAACUAAUAACACAUCAACAUGAAUACCUGUCUGCAUGCCUCUUAAAAUGACACUAUGGGAAAAUAACAAUAAAGUGUAAUAUAAGCCA